AUGCUUGAAAGUCCCGAAGACAAGAACGUGGCCGGUUCCGUGGUCCGAUUACCAGGUAUAAGAGAGGAUCUGACACCCACUACUCCAGCCAUGACUGAUAGAUCGCCAUCGCCAGCAAUUCCACAUAAGGGGAUAAGCCUCAUAGGGUCCAGCGCCACACCAAUUCCAAGCCAUCCUACGGUAAAGAAGAAUAACAUUAAGCCACCGACCACACCUCGAAUUGACAUUUCGAGGGCCAGCAGCUCUUCACAUCAUGAUAGUAAGGAUAGCAGUCCUGAGAGGGAAAUUUAUGAUACCCAUGAUCCUAAUAGUGCCAAAUUGGGAUUAGGCUUUAAAGAAGAUGGUGCACUAGAUCUGCGAUCGUCUACGGAAGAGUUGGACUUUCAAGAUAUGUCAGUGGAAAGGAGAAGAAGCAGCAAAGGAAGACCUCAAUCUCCAUCCAUUCUAGAAGAGCCUGUAACAGCCAGAAAAGAUUCACAAUGUUCUGAUAUUGUACUUCUGUCGAUAUCAGGUAGAACAUCGAGAUUAUCAAGCAUAGGCAGCCAAGGUUCUAAUCAAAGUCGUUUAUCCAAUGCCAGUCAUAUUUCAAUGUUAUCUGGACAGUCGGGCUUAUCCAGAUGUUCUUCUCCGCAUAAGAUGCUUUUAGAAACGUCUUUUUGUGGUACAAAAAACGCUAACGAGGUGACUAAAGUAGAUGAGGAUCACACAGGGACCAAAGUUGAAACCGAAGUUAUGGAAAAAAUUUUACUUUCUAGAAAACACGAUCCAACAGCUGCAAUUUUAGCUGAAGGAAUUUCAGUAGAAAUGGCACAACCUCUAGUUCCAAAAACUCAACCUGAGAAGCCAGCCAGGAAGCGAGAAAUAAAAGAAGACAGCAAAAGUGAGAUAACCAUAACAGUUGACAAACCAAGUUCCGAAAGCAAUAAUACAAAUUCUGAAAUAAAAAGCCGGUUUGUCUCUCAAAGUGGUGUCGAAUAUUUUUACAUUCCUCUUAAAGGACCAUUGCCUCCAGAUCUUCCUACGCCUCAAACUGGUCCUGUAUUAAAGGGAAAACCUAAACUGAGAGAAGUUAAAUCUGCUAAUUACCAGUCAAAAACCGCAACCACCAGUAAAUCCAAAGUACCUGAAGCAAAGCCGAGAUGUAAAUCGGCAACUCCUACACCUUCCCCAUCUAUUACAAAGAGAGAAGAAGAACCAAAGUAUAUCCGAAUAAAACUAAAACCAGAGAAAUGUUACUCCGAGGAAUCACCAACAGGAGAUGUUCACAAACCAGAUUUUUUAGAUCUAGACAAAAUUGAAAGUGUCUCGACUUUUAGCGAACCUCUAAAAGUUGAUAAAACUAUAAAAUACGUUAAAGAAAGUGAUAAAAUGUUUUCUGCAGCUACCAACGGCAGUCCAAAAAUUUCCACUGGUGUUAUUGAUGCUCCAGUAGAAAGUGUUACUCCUUCUCCUUCCGUUUCGAGAAGAUCAUCUUUUGCCUCGUUAUUUAAAAGUAAAGAAGCGGUUAUAAGUCCCGAAUCUCCUUCUGUACCUGGCAGUAGUCGAAGGAAAAAUCAUAUAUCCGGUAUAUUAAAAGAUGCUGGUGACAAUUUGCGCACCAGAAGCAGAAGUAGAUCCAAAAGUCGAGAUAGAGAAAGUCAUAAAUCGUCCCUUUCCACAGCACCAUCUUCCACAGAGAGUAUUGAUAGUAAAUCGAAGCAUAAGUCUGUUCUAUCACUAUUUAAAUCAGGUAAAAAAGAUAAAGUUAAGUCUGAAUCUGAAACUAGCUCACAAGAAACAGUCCGUAGUAGUGAAGGCAUAGGUAAAUUAGAAUUCAAAUUUAACGAGUCAAAACCAACUCAUUAUGAAAAUCCAUUAGAGUGUGCUACUGUACGUAUACCACUUCAUUCUCCUACUUAUUAUGAUAAUAGAUCUAUUAGUGACUGGAAAACUUCAAGUCAAGAUUCCCAAGACACUGUGAUUGAGAAUCCUAACCGAAGUGUUGACGUUGUUCCAGAAAAAGUUUCUCAACCAGAAGAAGUUGUGGAAAAAAAGCAACCACUAGCUAAGGCUACCAGUAAACCUAGUCGUCAAAGUAGUACCAGUAGUGAAAACGUGGUUUUUUCAACGAACUUAGGAGGUGAAAACGAGAUAUUUACAACAAAACUACCCAAGAAUUUACCCAAAGACAAACAACCCUCAGAAAACGUUAAGGUAGAAAUUAACGGAAUCCUAGAAAUGAAAUCAGAAACUGCAGAGGUUGCAGAUUCACAUCAUAUUAGUAGGGAAUCGUCUAAAGAAAUAAUAUCUACAAGACUGCAAGAUGUAAAUAAAUCACAAAAACUCAAAAGUAUCAGUAGCUUAAAAGAAGUAGAACAAAAACACACAGAAAUUGAGACUGCUGUAGAUAAAAGAAUAUCACAAGUAUCCAUAGGUGCAAUGAGCUCCGUCAGCUCGGUAGUAAGUUCAACAGCCGAUGAUCACAAUUCAUCCGAAUCUGAACAUGAGACAGAAGAUUCUUCUGUCAAGAGUAAACGAGAUGUCGACUUAAAACUUGAUCUUGAUGUCUCAGAGCCCGAACGAAAAGCCAUAGUUCUGCAGCAAGACUCGUUUGAAGAUGAACUACCUUACAUUCCAACUACACUGCCACAGGAAAGAUCUGCUGCAAUACCAAUAGUUCCAAUAAAGCAACGAUCGACUUUUGAGAUUAAGACUUGCCCCAUAGAAAGGCCAAGGUCUACCACACCUAUUAACCCUAGUUGUUUAGAUGAAUACUGUGAAGAAGUAAUGGGUUCCUUUAAUAUCGAAAGUGUAACAAAAACUAUAGAGAAGCUUAAAAUAUCACUACCAAGAAAUGAAUCUUUUGACAAAACGAGUAAGGUUAAAUCUCCAAGAAAAAAGGAUUCAAAUACAAAUUGGUUUGAAUUUGCUGAAAAGGGUAUAACAAAAUCAACUCCAAGCGAGACUCCACCUCCUUUGCCGCCUAAAGGAAUCCAAAAGAGCUGGAUAAACUUCGAAGAUAUUCCGGAAAAAAGAAAAACUCCAAAAAGGAUACAAACUCUUCCUUCAAGGAGUUAUAUUGAAGUACCAGAAAGCGUGUUACAAGAAAGUGUCGUGUACAAUUACGUUAAUCCUGAUGAAUGUAAAUGCGAAUGUCACGAGAUGAAUGCUAAAGACAAAGAAAGACGAACAAAGGAAUCCCAAGAAGCAGUUCAGGAACAAGUUCAAGAAGAUGAACUUCCGCUACUGGAAGAUGAAAAUCCAGAAGAAGAUAAAACUGCUCCGGAUUGUUCAGAUAGGAUUAAGCUUGAUGUCGCUGUUUCAGAUUGUAGAAGUAUUAUUAGUGAUUCUUCAGUGGACCUCAGCACAAGUAUUGAUCCACACGAAGCUAGUGGAACCGAACCUACCCUGCGUACGCCGUUCACAAGUGAUUUAGGAUUAUCCAGUAAUAGAUCUAGCGUUGUGUCCCAGGAUGAUCACCAGUCUCCUGAUUCGCCAAAUGCCUUUCCAAGAAUUUCUUAA